AUGUCUCGCCGUCGAACUUCCCACAGCGAGCCCAUGAACGAGGCCGUGGCAUAUCCAUUCUCCUCUACGGCCAACGGCCAAAUGCCCGCGCCGCCGCGCCGCGGGCCCAUCGAGGGUCCCAAUGGCCGCCGUCUCAUCCGGCGCGUCACCUGGCGCUCGUCCACCUACAAGCUGAUGGCGUCGCUGUGGGUGCUGGGCGUGCUCUACAUCCUCUGGCUCAUCCGGGACCUGUUCUACUUGCCGUUCACCCCGUCCGAGUCGAGCCCGCCCGCCUCGGCUGAUGCAUGA